UUCUUCUCUUUUUUUCGGUCCCUGAGAAACUAAAAGCAGCAGAAGCCAUCCAUAUUUCAAUUCUCGUCCCUUUCUCCCUCGCCUUCUCUUUUGUCAUAAAUCUUGACACAAAUAAACCAAAUCAAACCAAACCCAAGUUUCUGAAUUGAGUCCAACUCAGAAACGAGGAGCCAUCUCAUUGAGGCGGUGAGAGUUAAGGUGACACGUAAUAAAAUGGUAAGAAAAGAGAAGAACAACCAGGGUGCUGCUGAGGACUUGAACGUCAGCUUCGAGAAGCUUAUGAUGGUCGGUGGUGGUGAUCGGAGUGGUGGAAAAGUGAACAUGGAAGGUGGGGUUAUCACUGAUUGGAAGGAUAUUCCUAUGGAGCUGUUGUUGCAAAUCGUUUCGCUUGUGGAUGAUCAGACGGUGAUCAUGGCUUCUGGGGUGUGUCGUGGUUGGAGAGAUGCUAUUUGCCUCGGACUCACCCAUCUCUCUCUUUCAUGGUGUACCAAGAAUAUGAACAACUUGGUCCUAUCACUUGCUCCUAAAUUCACAAAACUGCAUACUCUGAUUCUGCGUCAGGAUAAACCACAACUUAAGGACAAUGCUGUUGAGGCUAUAGCAAACUUCUGUCAUGAUCUGCAGGUCCUUGAUCUCAGUAAAAGCUUCAAGCUUAGUGAUGAUUCCCUAUAUGCUUUGGCUCGUGGUUGUCAAAACCUUACUAAGCUCAAUAUCAGUGGCUGCCCUGCUUUCAGUGACGUUGCUCUUGCACAUCUUGCUAGUUGUUGCAGAAACUUAAAAGUUUUCAAUCUUUGUGGAUGUGUGAAAACUGCAACAGACAGGGCUCUGCAGGCUAUUGGGCGUUACUGCAAUCAGUUGCAGUCUUUAAAUCUUGGAUGGUGUGAAAAUGUCAGUGAUGUUGGAGUUAUGAGCUUAGCAUAUGGUUGCCCUGAUCUCAGAUCAGUUGACUUGUGCGGAUGUGUUCUUAUAACGGACGAUAGUGUGAUAGCUUUGGCAAAUAGGUGUGUUCAUCUCAGAUCCCUUGGGCUGUACUACUGCCAAAACAUCACGGACAAAGCAAUGUAUUCUUUGGCCCAGAGUCGAGUGAAGAACAAGCCUGAAACAUGGGACGAGGAGGAGGGCCUUAAAACUCUGAACAUUAGCCAAUGCACGGCGCUUACCCCUCCGGCUGUUCAAGCAGUGUGCGACACAUUUCCAUCGCUUCAUACUUGUUCAGGCAGGCAUUCACUCAUCAUGAGUGGCUGUUUGAACUUAACAUCUGUUCACUGUGCAUGCGCUUUUCAAGCUCAGUUCCGCAGCCCCACCAUGUUGCAUCCUUCAGCUCAUUAAAACUCACUGGACUAUGUCAAAAGUGGCCUUUGGACACUCCAUAAAGAAGUGUCUUUCCCUUGUAGAUAGAUACGUGUUAUGUGUCAAAAUGUUCAGAACGUAGCUGCAAGUGUUUUUCUGAACCUGCAGACUAUGAAAAAUACUUAUAUUUUACUUUUGCCAGAUUUUCAUUUAUGAAGUGGGAAAACUGGGUGGUUGUUCCAAGCUUUCUAGGCCCAGUAGUGUAUGUUAUGUGCGAGUGUGGUGGCAUAAUCUCAUCGUGUUAUUGAACUAUUUGUCCAUUUCAACGGUAAAGUUACAACCAUAUCUAAGAUGAA